GUUUGUUACUGACUCAGUAGUAUCACAGCAGUGAGCCAAGCGGCAGCCUGAAAACACAAACAGACGCAGCAAGAGUGAGGACGUAAAACGAGUGAGUUGUAAAAGAGAAGCAAAGACAUCCUUGGCUAGCCUCUCUUCUCUCACUCUCCUGCUUGUUUUUGCAUCCCAGAUAUGACCCUGUUCAGCCCAAGAUACAUGAGCAUGAGUGGAGAGUUGAAGUCCAGUCGCUCCAGGGCAGCGAAUAAGAGGGCCAGCAACACCACUUAUGGAUCUGAGUUCGACCUGGACUAUGACAGCUAUCACGAGGACAGCUAUGACAGGGUUUAUGACUACCAGCGUGUGCCGGCAUCCCUGUCUCCCCUGCCUCCCAUGGGACCCAGUCUGGCCAAGCGAUCCCGUUCCUCCUCCUACUCCACUGGGCACAGACGCAGUCGAGACAGAACUCACUCCAAAAGCUCCAGAGCUCACUCCACUAGUUCAACUACAGCUAAGUUGGGCAUGGAGGAGUUGCAGGUGAUUAAAAAGGAGCUGACUCUGAUAAAGACACAGAUCGAUGGGCUGCUUGACAGUCUUGACAGGAUGGACACACAGAGGAAUGACCACAAAGGGUCUCCCCUGAGAGAGGACAGUCCAGCUGGCUCACCGUACGCUUUGUCUGCCAGCAGCCCCGAGCAUUCCCUCUCCUCCCUCUCUCCCCCCAGCUCCCGCCAUCGAAUCCACAGGAAGAGCCCUGACCUGAGGGAGCCUGAUGACGAUCACCACACGAUGAGCAACCACAGCUCUGACCCCGAGGAGGAAAUAUGAGGGAUGAAAAUGAGAAGACGUGGAUUAAGUGCCAAACAUGGAGGAAGAGAACAACAACCACCAAGUCAACGCUCAUAUCAGAGGCUCAACUCCUCCCCAACAAGGGUGUACAUAUCAGACAACACAAUACAUUUAAUUGUAUCACAGCAGCUCGGUUUCUGUGAUGAAAUGGAAUGGAAUGAAAAACACUGAUGCAGGGGACUUAUACACACCAAGUACAUGCACAUAUAAGAAGAAUUUGUUAUGUGGGACUGAGAGAGGGAGAGUGAGAGAGGGACCUUAUCCAGACAGCAAUUAUAAAAGACAACUGGAAGCGAGGUGGUGAAUUCAAAAUUUUAUAAUCCUGCCUAAAGCAGUGGGUGUGCACGUACACCAGUAUUCCAGUAUUAAUCCAAAUAUUGCUGUAAUAAUCCAAAUGAGACAAUAAGAGUUCUGUGAUUAAAACAUUAUGUAAGCGGCUUACCAGUUUAUCUUGUUCAAAUGAAAAGCUUCUCAAACAGGCAGCAUAUGCCAGUAUCAGACUGUACAUACAGUAAUAAUUAAUGUGUAGUCAUGGAGUAUUUAUAGAGGUGCUACAAUGUUGCUGCUGCUUCAACAGUUUCUCCCAAGAAAAGGAUAAGAUAUAGGGAAUAAGUGGAAUGUUGCGUGCAUGUACCUCAAACCCAAAUUCCUUCUAUGGAUCUCACAUGUUGUUUUUUUUUGGCUUGUGAAAGUAAAAGAAAUAUACGCUCUUAAAUUUGAAGAAGAGGGUUUUUUGCUGAUGCUCAACUUAGUUUUUCUCUGUAUGGUAUACUUCUAAAAUAUCAGAAUUCAGCUCUCCAGACACAAAUGACAGUAAUCCUUGAGAGACUGAAUCGUCACACCGAUGAUUCAGGAGAGAAACAGGUUGUUUUCUGCUUGUAUGAGUAAGCUACUUCUCUGAGUGUGACUCUUGUUAUGUCACACCUUUCAGAACCACAAGUGUUUUUUCUUCUUUAAAUGUAUUUGAGGAAUGUUUCCACCAGCUUUCCUCCACCAUGUAUUUGGCACUUUGAGACAUGCAAAGGCCCAGGUCAGUGUGUAAUAUUGUGUAUUAUUGUAAACUUUAUUGUAAUUGUUGAACUGUCUGAUUUUAAUCUUGCUUUAGGACUUCUCAUAUGUUUUUUAAAGAAAGCAAUGAUGUUAUUAUUAUAAUUCCUAUGGUGUUACAUGUUUUUGUUUGCAUUCUUAAGAUAAGCCAAGUGGAAAUACUCAUCGUCACAGUAGUAAAAGUAUUUUCAUAUUGAGUAUAAAUACA